AUGAAAUCUAAAAUUGUAGGAUGGACGUGUCUAGUGAUAACAUUCUUGUGUUCUCUUCGUGCGUGUCAUCUUUAUUGGUCAUCAACAAAGGAAUUUCGAUCGGUUCAAGGUCCAUUAUGGCCAUUUCGAUAUAACAAGAUCAACAAAACUGAUUUUGAACAAUCAUUUUCAUUAUCUACAACUCAAUCUUUUAUAAACCAAUCUCAUAUUAUGGACGAUAAACCUGAUAAUCUAUUCUAUUUUACUCAGAUAUCCGAUUUACAUAUAUCAAAAUAUCGAGCCAAAGGUCAUACUUUACACUUUUUACAGUUCAUUCAAUCAGUACUUCCUAUUAUCAGACCUGAAUUCGUAGUUGUUACUGGGGAUUUGACUGAUGCUAAAGAUCACCGUCGUAUUACUUCUCAACAAUAUAUUGAAGAAUGGAAAACUUAUAAAAUGGCUAUUGAUCAACAACCUUGGACAAACACUACCUGGUAUGAUAUGAGAGGCAAUCAUGAUUGUUUUGAUCUUCCUUCAUGGCAAUCAAGAAUGAAUUUAUAUAGAACUUAUGGACAAAGUGCGGAUCGUGUGGAACAUGGAAAAGGAAUAUAUACUUGGCAACAUUCUCCUUCAUUUGGUGAUUAUCAAUUUGUUGCCAUUGAUGCUUGUCCUAAACGAGGUCCUUCAAGACCAUUCAACUUUUUUGGUUAUCUGACUUCAAAUACUAUGGAUCGUUUGGCGCAUGCUUUAUCAAAACCAUCAAAUCAUACUUUUGUGUUUUCACAUUAUCCGACAACUACUAUGAUUUACUUUUUUUUUUUUUUUUUAGGUUUGGGUGAUGUGCUUCAAUCAUAUGAUCCUAUGACAAAGACACUUGAAUUGGAAUUAGGUGAUAUGAAAGAUCAUGGCAUGUAUCGUAUAGUUGCAGUGGAUCAUGAUAUCAUUUCUUUUGUGGAUGCUCGUCUUCCCAUGGUACCUUCAACACAAACCAAAAGAUCUUCUUUGAUUCCAUUGACGGCAAGUGAUAAGGUGGAAUGGCCUGGUAAAUUACCUAUGGCUCCUGUGAUCUUGAUCACCAAUCCAAAAGAUGCUCGUUUUAUUUUAGACAAUAAGGAACCAUUGUCUCGUAUCCAAUCAAGUAGCCACAUUCGAUUUUUGGUGUUUACUGAUCAAACUCCUGACCAAUUGUCAUUCCUGAUUCUAGUAGAUGGUCAACCAGUGAUUGGCUCAAAUGAUGAUCACGCUCCUCAUUACAUGGGUAAUGACCAACAUCCUCUUUGGACCCUCCCUUGGAAUCCUAUGGCCUAUCAAAAUGGUACUCAUAUACUUUCCAUUCAAGUCAACACUACUCAUGGAUUGGUUGGUGAAUCCAAAGUCAUCUUUAGAACCGAUGGUCGUCGUAUCAAAAUUGGUGGUGGUGCUGGUGAAUGGAUCAUAUCUACUCAUAUGUCAACUGUGGUAAGUUUAUAUUUGAAUAUAUUUCAAUGUUUUCUAUAUAUUUAUCUUUUUUUUUUUUUUAUUUUUAUUCUAGUUACAAUGUAUUACUCUAUUGUCAAUUGUAACUAUGCUGAUAUUAUUAUUGAUUCCCCGAUUCUAUCCUGA